AUGCAGUCAGAAGGCAUUUACAUGGUUGAAAACCAGACAAGUGUAGCUAAACAUGGACAACCUGCAAAAGUUCAUUCUGUUGAAGGUAAUGCAGGAAAAGUUACAUUCGAUUUCUAUCACAAGUUGCAGGCCUACCAUGAUUCUAGUCCUUGUGUCCCUUUGACCGAAAGGCCUUUUAACUGGCAUCUUCUCGAUCGUUCCCUUUUGCCUCUUUCUAAUCAUGGAUAUCUACUGCAAAUACGAGAAUCGACCCAACUGUGAGGCGAAAUCGUGUCGAAGGACCCAACUGUGAGGCCAAACCAAUUGUAUAUGCUAUUCAUGUCAAAAGAAUAGAUUUAUAGUAAUCAAAUUAAGAAAAAGCAAUGUACUUUAGUGUGGUUAGGAAAUAGGGAUGUACAGGCGAAUUGCAGAGAAUAGCAAUGUAGUUUGUUGUGGCUACCAUCUCAUGCAAUGUACUAUACAUUUACAAAAAAGUGACACCUUCCAACCCCCC